AUCGGCAGUCGGUGAUUGAUCGAGGUUGGGAUUGAAUGUUUUCCUCAUUCUUAUAAGUCUUACGUAUUCUUAUUUAAUUCACCUUUACUACAUUAUUUCCUUUGAUGAGAAAAUAUGUCGGGAUGGUUUGGAACUUAUGCCGCAUAUAAAGAAUUAAACUCUUCGCUGCCCCCUUCAACUUUUUAAUUCUUUCCUCUCCGACCAUUUCAGUUGUAUUCAAAGCACAUUGAAAAUUGUUUCUUUCUUUCAUUCGCGAACGACCCUUAGGGAGGAUUAGAGGGGAUUAAAAUGUUUUAAAUAAGAUCUCUCUCAGGUCUAUCCAAAUACGGACGACUUCAAUCGUGACUCUUCUCAAUACGUCCCAGGAAAAAGUUUGUACGCCGAACCAUACUAUGCAGGCGCCGAAGCUUGGAUGGGGAAUAACAAUAUUCCUAGUACUUCUUACUCUUCGAUGCUACCUACUCCUCCUGUUCAAUAUAGUGCACAAUCGGGAUACAGUACAGACGGAUUGAGUUAUGCUGCUAGCGGUUUACCACCAAUGAAUUCAUUCGCCAAUACCCAAGUUCCUUAUGGAAAUUCAUCACCGAACGGGGUUGUCCCAAGUUCACAAUCAGGGGAUACUCUUGGUAUUGGAAAAGCUUUAGGAACUAUAUAUAAUCCUGCUGGGGACCAGCCGUCAAAUCCCGUAUCGUCUCCACCUCCGCUUACCGGUUCGAUGUCUUCCUUACAUACACUGCAAAAUCCAAUUGAAGAUCGAUUAGACGACGCUUUCGAGACGCUACGCGAUCAUUCGCAGCAAAGUAGAUUCGAAGAACGCCUAGACGACGCCAUUCACGUUUUAAGAAGUCAUGCUUCUGAUCCGAAUAGCAUGCAGGCUGGUGCUAUGACUACAAUGCCCGCUUUGCUACAUCAUGGAGCUGGUCCACCGGGCUACCCUCCAGGAGCACUUCCAUCACAUAUGGACAUGGCUGGAGGACACCUUUUACAAAACGAUCAUGAUCGAAACUAUCCAGGAAUGCGGCCAUCCUCUGUAAUGACGGAAGUAUCCAGCGUGGAUUCGGAAACUUCCAGGAAAGAUAUGUCGGACAUUAAGCAUGAGGAAAACGGUUCUAGAUCCAACAGAGCUGUUGUUAAAGAAGCCGUUGCUAAGGCGACAGCAGCUUCCGCUUCUGCUGGGCCAACCUGUGCUAAAAGAGCUAGGAGGAGUGAAACUGAACGAUCUUGCGAACUCGAUAAUUCGGAUGAUCCACCCGAAGUAAAAGCUGAAAGAGAAAGAGUACGACGACAGGCAAACAAUCAACGAGAACGUUUGAGAGUUAGGGAUAUAAACGAAGCGUUUAAAGAAUUAGGUCAUAUGGUGACUCUACAUACUUCUACCGGUCAACCGUUAACCAAGUUGAUGGUUCUCCAACAAGCGGUUAACGUGAUAACGACACUUGAACAGCAAGUGAGGGAAAGAAAUUUAAACCCGAAAGCAGCCUGCCUAAAACGAAGAGAAGAAGAAAAAACUGACGAAUUGCCUGGAGGGCCUACAUUACGGCCCGAUGAGCUAAUCCAACCGCAUUUAUCCAAUACAUCACAGCAACAAACGCAACGAUUGUAAAAAUCAAAACAAAAAACACACAAAAAAUAGAUAUAUAUGUAUAUAUAUAUAUAUAUAUAUAU